CGCUGCUUGAUCCACUUCUUCAACGCACAACUGGAGAUUGUGAUGAGGACUUGAGGAGCCACACUGUCCUAAGCCUGUUAAUAAUUCACUACUAUCGACCUUCGCCAUGGCUUCAAAAAUCGUUGUAGUAGGCGAUGUCAACGGCCAAUUCCCCGAAGUCUUCAAGAAAAUCGCAGGGCUGCACGCGAAGAACGCGUUUGCGUUUGCUAUAGUGGUGGGUGACUUGUUCACCGAUCCCCAGAUAGCCAAGCCCGAAGAUGAAGAAAACGAGUCAAACUUGGUCAAUGGGAAGAUUGAGAUACCUCUGCCCAUCUACUUCGCUCUUGGCCAGCGUUCUCUUCCUGUAAAGAUUGUCCAAAAGCUCGAAGAGACGGGGGGAGAGAUUUGCUCGAAUUUGUCCUUUCUCGGAAAGCGCAGCACUUUGAAGACUUCUGAAGGCAUCCGCGUCGUUGCUCUCGGAGGCGCCUUAGAUCCAAGGAUAACCGUUGGGGUAUCCAAGGACAAGUACCCGCCGUUCUAUGGUGAAGACGAUGCACGAGCACUGCGGGGGGCCAACUCCGCGGAUAUCCUCAUCACGAGUCAAUGGCCUGCCUCAAUUCGCACCGGAUCCAAGGUCGACUUUGCCGCCGAAGGAGAAGAAGGGUUGUUCCAGAAGCAAUGCGUAGCAGAUCUCUGUGCCGCGCUCAAGCCACGCUAUCAUUUCUCCGUUUCACCAAAUGCGUUCUAUGAGCGUGAGCCGUUUUUUCAUCCACCCUCUGAUGAGACUUCUGAGGGAUACCGUAUCACGCGCUUCAUCAGCCUCGCGCCAUAUGGCAACCCUAAGAAGGCCAAGUGGAUCUAUGCUUUCUCUAUCGACCCGACGGCUGCGCCACCAGUGACAAUCCCCGGCGGCACAACGGCGUCUCCCCUUGCAUUCGUAGGGAAGAAGCGGCCUCAACAAAGUCAGGAGUCAUCCUACCGCUUCUCUACGGAAGGCCGGCAGCCACGCGGUCGCAACAAGCGUCAACGUGCGCCGCCUCCGACUCCAGGAGAGUGCUUCUUCUGCCUGUCAAAUCCGACUGUUGCCACUCACCUCAUUACCUCCAUCGGAAACGAGUCAUACAUGACAACCGCAAAAGGGCCCCUGAGCACUGCGUCGACGUUUGCUCCGUCUCUAAAAUCCCCUUGUCAUAUUCUCAUAAUUCCGUUCCACCAUGCGCCUACUCUCGCCUCUAUUGACGACGCCGAGAGCCGCAAAAACACAUUCGUUGAAAUGUGUCGCUACCGCAGCUCACUGCACGCAAUGCUCAAGACCCUCGGCAAAUCAGAGCUAGGAGCCGUGAGCUGGGAAGUCAGCAGAGCCGGUGGCAUCCACACACACUGGCAGUUCCUUCCCGUGCCUGUUGACCUGAUCAAGCGCGGCCUCGUCGAAGCAGCCUUCAAAGUCGAAGCACAGAACGAGAAAUACCCUGCUUUCGAGAAGAAGGACGUCGGCGAUGGAUAUGAAGAGGGCAACGACUUCUUCAGGCUGCAAAUAUGGACGCCGGCCGGUUCAGAAGAGGACUCUGAAGACAAAAAGACGAACCUCAUACUUCCCCUCGAUUCUUCGUUCCGGUUUGAUCUGCAGUUCGGUCGGCGCGUCCUGGCGAAGUUGUUGGGGUUGGAUAACAGAGCGCACUGGCAAGACUGCGGACAGACGCACGAGGAUGAAGUGGGAGAUGCGGAGGCGUUCAAGGCGGCGUUCAAGCCGUAUGACUUUUCGUUGGAGGAGUAGAGUUUGAGAAGGGUUGGGACGCUGCUCCAAUAGUGAGGAAGCAAAGGUGGAUUGCUAAAUUUGGCUCUACGUAUAUACCCUUUCCUGGACUUCGUUCAGAGACCUUAUGGUAAAAUCCUGUCUAGUUGUGAAGACAAAAAUGUACGAGG